AUGUUGUAUCAAAUAAUGUCUGGACUUUGUUUGAUACAUGAACAAAACCUUAUUCAUUGUGAUUUUCAUGAUGGUAAUAUUUUAAAUCAUAAUGAAAGUAAAAUUUAUAUUAGUGAUUUAGGAUUAUGUCAACCUGUAAAAUCGUUUGUGGAAAAGUAUGAUAUUUAUGGUGUUAUACCAUUUAUGGCUCCUGAAGUUUUAAGAGGCAAACCUUAUACUCCAGCUAGUGAUAUAUAUAGUUUUUCUAUGAUUAUGUGGGAAUUUACAUCUGGAAUACCACCAUUUAAUAAUAGAGCACAUGAUAUUCAACUUAGUUUAAGUAUUUGUAAAGGUGAACGUCCUGAAAUUAUUGAAAAUACUCCACAAUGUUAUGUAGAUUUGAUGAAAAAAUGUUGGAAUGAGGAUCCAUUAGAGAGGCCAUCUUCUAAAGAAGUUUUAGAUAUUAUUGGAAAAUGGAUUUUCCUUCCUUAUGGUAAUACAAUUAGUGAAGAAUUAAAAUGCAAUGUUAUGGAAUUUGUAAAUGCAACAAUUGGACAUAACAAUCUUGUUACUGAAUCACAUCCACAAGCAUGUUAUACAAGUCGCUUACUUGGUUUUACUAGUAAAAAAUUGAAUGAAAUUCUUGAAAGUAAAGAUUCACAAACUAGUGUAAAAGCAAAUGAAAUGCUAGUAAGUGAAGCUGAAGAUUUGAAUGAUUAUAUAAUUAAAGAUCUGGGGUCAUUAGAUGAAAAUUAGAUAAUUAUUUAUUAUUUUAAAAAAGAUUUAUCUUUUUUCUUUAUAAGUGAUAUUUGAUAUCAUGCAUUCAACAGAAAUUGUUUUUCAUUUUAUUCUUUUUAAAAUUAUUU